AUGGCGGCCGCAGACAUUCGGACAUAUACGAUCCUAGAGGCAGAUGGACAACAUCCCGAAGGCUUGCUCGAAGAUCAGAUCUUCAAUGUUGAUCCCACUCACUCUUACAAGGUCCGAUUCUUGCGCGCUGCGCUGGCGCCCAGUGGAACUGCGACCGUUCGACCAUGGGCAGAGAUUCCCAAGGACAUCCGAGACGAAGUUCAUGGCCUUAUGAUACUCAAGCUGUAUCUGACCGAAAAAGACAUCGAGCUGUUCCCGAAGCUGAAGGUCGUGGUUCGCAUGGGCGUAGGGUACGAUAGGCUUGAUCGUCCAGCGUUGGCUAAACGUGGUGUCACUGUCUGCAACGUGCCUGACUACGGCACCGAAGACAUUGCGGACCAUGCCAUUGGCCUUGCCUUGUCACUUCGGAGAGGCAUUCUCCUCCACAACGACCUGCAGCGAGCUACGCCGCCGGCGCCUUACUGUCCGGUCGACCAUCCUUUGAUAGCAAGAUCCCGCGGCGCUACCUUUGGCAUCCUCGGUUUGGGUCGAAUAGGCACGGCCGCAGCAUUGCGAGCGAAAGCAUUUGGCUGGAACGUACUGUUCUACGAUCCCUAUCUACCGAACGGCGCAGACAAAGCUGUUGGAUGCGAACGCACGAAGAACAUCCAGGAGCUCUUCCGGAGAUCUAGCAUCCUCUCGAUCCACGCACCCUGCACACGAGAGACCAGGAAUCUUGUUGGCUACGAACUACUCUCACUUCUGCCGAAGAACGCUGUCCUUGUCAACACAGCUCGUGGAGAGAUUGUCAACCUGGAUGCAGUUGAGCAGUGCUUGCGAGAGAACAUCCUUGCCGGAGCUGGACUGGAUGUGCUUCCCGUCGAACCGAUUGAGGAGCCUGCUCAUUCACUCAUCCAAGCUUACCGCAACAAGGAGCCUUGGCUUACUGGUAGGAUGGUCUUGACUUGUCACACUGCAUUCUUCUCGCCAAGCUCCAUCGAAGAGAUUCGCUCUAAGUCUGCGCAGACAAUGCGAGAAGUGCUUAUUGACACGUUACAGAGCAACGUUAUCACACCGGAGAUGGAAUAA